AUGGCGGAAAAGUAUUACACUACUCAGUAUCAAAUUUGUAAUGUGAUUUUAAUAUUUUAAAAAAUUCUGGAAUAAUUCAUUGUCGUGUUAAGCUGAAAGGAAAUCGUAUGAUUAACAAAGUACCCGUAAAUCAAGUACUUUAAAAAGGUUUAAUCGUCUUAGUGGGUAUGUAAUUACACGAUUUCGUUGAUUUUAGCACUAAUUUUUGUUUUAUACGAUUUCAGAAUUCAAAAAUUUAUUCUCUUAUACUUUUUUAAUUUGUCUCAUGUUAUUACUUGUAUUAAAAUAAAUAUAUUAGCAUAUAAAAUAUUGCGUGUUAUAAAUAACCCAUAAUUUGAGAUACAUUUUUAAUAUCUUCAUUUUGCUUCAAGUUUUUAUUUCCUUUUUAAAUAUUUUCUAUAGUUUAAUUUCAGACAAUUAAAAAAUAUACGUCUUGAUGUUUUUUUUAUACUUUUAUGUAAAUAAAUUUAAUAAACAAACUGUAAACUGUAAACUAUAUGUAUGAUAAUUUCGUGACGUAUUAUUUCUCUCAGUUGUCAUUACUUUUUUGUGAGUUUUGUAUUUUUUCGGUAUUUCUUUCAUAUUUUAGAAACUCAAAUAAUAAAUGGAAAAUGCCUCAGAUACUAAGACGAAGAAAAGCUAAAAGAUCACAAAAGAGGGUAUUAGUUAAAAAGAGACAUUUUUUAACAAGUUUCCAUGAAACUAAAUCUUACAAACCAUGUGAGUUUUGUGAAAAGUAUAUGUUUGCAAUAUAUGUAAUAUGUAAACAGUUACAAAAUAAUAACAACUUAUUGGCAAAAGCACUAUCUAAAGAGAGACAUGAAAGUCAAUUAUUAUUUUCUCAGAAUGUUGCUUUAAUUGCUGAAGUGCAAGAUUUAGGUUUAGCCUGUAAUAAACGUGAUGCUAUUAUAUCAAAUGUUCUAAAGAAUGCUAAAGAAAUGCUUAAAAUGUUAGUAACAAUGACUGGUUACUUGACAAAUACAAUUUCAUCUUGUCAAGAAUUUGCAGAAUCUGUUACUACAAAUAUGCAAAUGUCUUAUAACUCUAAUGGACAUAAGUCUCUAGAAAAGAAAAUUCUUUCAGAAAAGGAAUCAUUGAAAAGACUGUCAAUAAAAUCUCCAACUAGAGGAGUAGUGAAACCUAUGGUGAGCGGUUACACCAUUACAAAACCCACCAUUAAUUUAAGUAGAUUAAAUAUGCAACAUAUUAAUAAUUCGUCAAACUUAAGUAUAAUACCAGAAAUAAGAACACCACCCCCUGGAAAUCAAGAAUUAAACAAUUCUAUUUCUCCUAGUGGUGUCUCUGUAAGACGUACAUGCAUGAAAGCGAAAGAAGAUUCAGUGAGAGAAAUAAUGGGCAUUCUACUGGGAAAACGUCAGAAAGAAUGUCAGGAAGAAUGUCAGGAAGAAUGUCAGGAAAGCUUUCAAAAUCGAAGUCAAGGUUGUCGAGAAAUAAUAACUCUCGAUGUAGUAUUGAAAAUUUCGAAUACAUAGGAAGUCCCAGAGUAAAACUUAAUGAUGUAUCGAAAUUAUUGCAAAAUUCUCAUACUAUUAAUAUUCGAAUGUUAACUGAGAACCAGAAUAAUCAAGUUGAUGGAUCGAAAUGUAAUAGUGUAGUAAAUCCUGAGGUUUCUCAGACAAAAAUUAUACCAGUAACUUCCAAUGGUUCUGAAAACAAUAAUGAUAAAACAACCGAGAACAAAAAUGAACAGAGUAAUAAUGAACUGAAUACUACUAAUGAACAUUGUUCGUCAAAUUGGGAGGAUCCUCUUGAAGGACCAAGUUGGUUAUUUAAUAAUUCCCAAGUCGUGCCUUCUUUUAGAAGUAAAGACAAAAAGACUGAUGAUAUAAAUGUUUCUAAUGAUGAUAGUAUGAGUUUGGUAUUAACAGAAAAAGAAUCGAGUAAUGUAUUUGAUAACGAUAAAACUAUGCAAGAAAUGUCAAGCAGACGUGCAAAUCAUGCGAAUAACUUCGAGAAUAGUGAACAAGUGAAUAAUGAAAGUGAACCUAAUGUGCAUGAGCGCAAUGAGAACAACGAAAUAUGUAACGAAAUUGUAGUGGCAGAUACAAAUGACAAUGAAUGUAAGAGUGCCCCUGUAAUAAAUUUACAAAAUUUCAUUACACAAAGACGAGGUUAUUUCGAAAGUGAGGAUGAAGAUGAUUUUACAUUGAUGUAUACAAAGCAACCACGAAACAUGCAUUUCGAUAUAAAUGACUUAAAGUUGCCAGUUCUAGAACAAUCUGCUCUGAAACCAAUAACUCCAGCUGAACCAGAACCAGAAAUAACGACUACCCUUCGAAAAAUAUCCGAAAUUUGUCCAAUGCCGUCGGUUUCGCAUAACACUUUGGACGAAUCUGCAUUUAAUCAGUCUACCGUGAAACUGCCACUGCUUCUGAAUGAUGAUUAUGAGGAUGUAGAGUCGACGUCAGUAAAAAAGAAAUCAAAAAUGUCGCAACAGAAGAGGAAAAAGAAGAAUGAAACUGCGGCACAAUCUAAUGAUUUUGUUGAUAAUACACCACCGUUCAAGAAAAAUAAUUCUUACAAAAGGAAGAAGAAUAAACUCGUGAAAGAUCCAAGUACUGUCAAGGUAGUGUUGCAAAAGUUGAAUGAAUCUGAUGUUAAAUCUAGAACACCCUCUCCGAAUGAAACAAUUUCCCAUAAUUCUAAUCAGAAUUUAAGUCCUAUAUCUUCCCGUGCGGAUAAUUCAAGUGACUCCGAAAGUAGUACAAGUACCAAUAGUUUAUUUGCUUGUAAUCGUCCUAGACGGAAACGUGCUCCAAUCACUUAUUAUGAGCCUAAUUUGUUAAAGAAAUUACGAAGGAAUCAAUAAUUACGUUACAACAUUUAUCAAUACUCGAGAAAGAAUUAAUAAAAUACAGUAAUGUAUUUCUGAAACACAUUGAUAUGCCCUUUGAUGUAAAUAAGUUACUAGUGUGUAUGGAAAAUUUUAUUGGACAGAUCUUGAAAAAGAAAGAAAGAAAAGAAAAAAAGAAAUUGAAUUAAUUUCAUAAUCAACAUCUAAUAAUUAUAAAGCAAGUUCGCAUUUUCAACGAUUUUGCUUCCAUUGUUGCGCACAUUUUUAUUGAACUAGCAAUUGUUAAUUAUUUACAGGAAAUCGGCUUGCUUUGACGUGGUCAUAGCUUCGAUAAUUUUGGCUUCCCCUCUCGUAGUAUUGUUUGUAUGUUGUACCUUUUGUAUUCUUAACUAUGUUUUAAUGAAUAAACAAAUAUUUGCGAACAUUAU